UUGCCGUGAUUUUCACAUAAUUUCGCAGCAAAUUCAAUCGUCGAAUGAAUCUUCAUGAAUCAUUACGUAUUGCUCAUUUCGAUAACAAGUAUAAAUCCGUUGCAAUCAUUCGAUAGCAGUUAGCAUUUAUCGUUUAUCCAUCACAUCGUGAAUAUCGUAUUUUGUGAUUUUGUUUCCUUUUGUUGAUUUUUUUGUUAUUGUUAUUUUGACGGUUUUUUUUCUUCGGCAAAUCAAUUUCUUCAACAGUAAAUCAAUUGUUGAAUACAUUAAAAUAUAAUAAUAAAUAAAUAAAAAAAAAAUUGUACGUACACCAAAAGUAAAAUGAAGGGAUCAAUUGAAAAACAGCCAGGACUCAAAUGGUUCAAAAAUGUUCGAAACUCAAUGUAAAUAUUUAUAAAUUGUGAAUCGUCGAAAACGUAACGCCGUGUAUUCGAUAAUAAAAUAAGCCGAACAUCAACUAGUUUGCAUCAAAAUGCCGAUCCGACGUAGAAAAUAUCAUGGGCUGUACUUUCAUUCAUCUGCGCCAAGAGUUGUCACGAUGAAAGUACGUGGACAGGAUAAUGGCGCAACAAGACAAGCCAUUGUAAUCAAGCCGUCGAACAUACGGAUAUGGAUUCAUGAUAAGGACAUGUGCAAGUUAACCCAAGUUCUGUGGGAAGGUCAGGGCAAUCGUCUGCGUACUGAAAUUUGUUCGAACAAUCGUGUUCGGAAAUUUCUAGACGCCGUUCCAUAUGUUAUGAAUGUGAUAAAAGAAACGCAUACGGCUGUGGUGGAAAAUAAUUUGGAUGAAUUAAUAAAUAUAACAUCGCCACCGGUGCCGAAAGGAUUAUUGUCCAGCAAAGAUGUGAACGGUUUGACGCCAUUGCAUAAGGCGGCUGGUCUUGGACAUUUGGCCAUUGUUGAGUAUAUUUUGAGGACAAGUCCAACAACCGCUACGGAUAUUGACGCCACCGGAAAAACACCGUUGCAUUGGGCAAAUACCCUUGAGAUUUAUAAUAAACUUGUACAAGCUGGUGGUGAUGAACUUAGUACUGAUUAUCGCAUGAAAACCGCCAAUUAUUACCGAAAUAAAUCGAGUGAACUGAACAAAUCAUUGUUGACAGUGAUACCCGAAUCGCCAAGAGUUUCGCAAUCGGGUCUACCGCCCAAUUACGAUUGGGCCAUGUUUGACGAAGAGCAUAACUACCAAUUUAUUCGAAAUAACUUUGUACGAAAAAGUCAUUCAACUUAUGGCAGCUUUAAUACGUUGAAUGGAAGCGAUGAACGUAAUCAUGGUUCGGCUGAAGUAAUAUCAACCAUGCGAGACGAUGAAUCUGAAUCGAAUGACGCCGAAAUGUUAAACGAUGUAGAGACAAUGGACGAUGGUGAACCAUCAAAUGACAAACAAUAUGAUGGAACAGCAGACGAUGAACAAGAAACAAUGGAACAAAAUGACGAACCACCUGAGAAUCAAGACGAUGAGCCACAAGUAGAAGCGGAAUUAGAGGCCGAACCUGAACCUAAACCAGAAGAACAAGAAGAACCGGAAGCAGACCACGAAAAUGAUGCAACAAACGAUCAAGAAAAUUCUCUGGAAAAUCCAGAACAAACCGAUGAUGACGCCGACAACGAAAAUCAAACGGAAAUGGAAAAUGGCGAUGCAGAAGAAAAUUCAGAUAUCGAAAAAGCUGACGAAAGCACAGACAUCGAAAAUGGUGACGCGGAAAAUGAUGAUGGAAAUGACAUUGAAAAUGAUGACAAUCACACAGAAAUGGAAAACGAAGAUGUACAAAAUGAAGAAAUGAUUGAAAACGGAAUGUCACCCCAUAUUGAGAGCGAACACCAAUCGCCCCGAGAUUAUGAACGCAUUGAUAGCGCUGAAAAUCACGAUAUUCUAUUCAUUGAUCAAGGCAAUGCAAUUGAUACAGAAUAUCAAGUGGAAAAUGGUUAUGACUAUGAACCGCCGCCACUGGAAGAUGAAGAAAAUGAUAAUCAUAUAACAACAAUUGAAACAUCGGAAAUUGAGAAUUUUAAUGAUAUGGAUGAUUUGCCUGAUUUAGAGUAUGAAGAAGAAGUGCCAAUGGAAAUACAAAAUAUGAAACCAGGAAGUGCAACGAGCGGAAAAUCUACCGCUCGUGAAUCAGCACGAAGUAUGAGAAGUAUGAAAAGUGCAUCUAUAAAAUCAACGAUAGACGACAAUGAAAAUGAAGUUGGAUCAAAACCAGGGACGGCAGAAAUACAGAGCAAAUCAAGCUCAGCUGUUCAUAGCGCCAAUGCCAGUGCUAGAAGCAUAACAUCAGCUAAAUCUCGGGACACCGCUAGGAGCAUGGCGUCAGCAAAAUCUCAGGACGGUGCGAGAAGCGUGACGUCAGCAAGAUCUCGAGACACCGCUAAAAGCAUGACAUCGGCAAAAUCUGGUGGUAGUGCCGUAAGUCAAAAAUCCUCAGCAAAGAGUAUAAAUAGUCAGAAGGGUGAUGAAGGUGAUGAUGAAGCCGAACCCAUGGAAAUCAACGAUGAAAACACUGAAAACGUCGAAAAUGUCGAAGAAAAUGAGGAAAAUUUAGAAAGUGAAGAGAAUCAAGAAGAAAAAAUAUCAGAUCAUGAAGACAACGACGCCGCAGCCGAAGAGCCAACUGAAAGUAACAACGACGAUAAUGAGGCUGCUGAAGAGGAAAAACAAAGCGAUCAUGAAACGACUGUUGCAAAUGAAGAAGAUAAUAACGAUGACAAUGUCACGUCUGAACACUCAGCCGAAAUUGAAUCUUCUGAAAAUCAACAGAAAAUUACCGAAUCAAAUGGAAAAGAUACAAGCGAUCCGGUUAUGGAAGUUAUUGAGGGAGUUGUUCAUGGCGAGCCAGACAAUAAUGUUGUUCAAUCUGCUAGCCGCUUCAGCUCUGUCGACGACGAAGACAAUAAAAAAUAUUUACGCGCCCAGACGAUAAUUGAUAGGCAGGAUAUGGAACAAUUGGCUGCAAUGGUUUUGAGCGGUGAUGGUCAAUAUUUGAUUGGUACGAAAUCAAGUCAGCCCGAAAUACAAGCCUUUAUCGAUAAUGUGCCUGCGUACAUGAAUAAAAUUCGUCGUGUUCACAUUGCGGCCAGAGAAGGAAGCUUACGAGACUUACAGGCAGCAUUGGAUCGACGCAAGUUUGCCAUUGCCAAAGAUGAUUGUUCACCGGGAAAAUGUACUCCAAUUCAUGUUGCCACCAUUUUUGGCCACGCAAGCAUACUACGAUAUCUGGGUGGUCGUUUUCCUGAAACAACAUCGGCGGUUGACGAGAACGGACGAACUGCAUUACAUUAUGCAGCCACUAUAAAAGACAACGGACACUUUUAUAAUUUGUUAGUUCAUUUGGGAUCGAGCCCGAAAACCGUCGACAAGUUUGGGCAUAACGCUGAAUUUUAUUUAAAUCACGACAAAUCAGAGAAGAUUCUUUCUCAUGCUGAUUUGCUUAGAAGCUUCGGUGUAGCAAGUUCGGCUGCGGAUGGCAUGCUAAAUGAUCAAGUGCCCGAUGACUUGCACAGUGCACGACGUGAAAUCGAUGAUUCGGAUGUGUUGAGUACAUUGGAGCGAUGUUAUCAAAUCAUUCACGAUGCAUCGAAACUGAAUAGCAAAACAAUCGAAAAUCGUACAAGAAAAUUACAUCCAAACAAUGUACCGGGCAGUGCGUCGUCAUUGUUUCGAUCAACAUCGAAAGCGUAUUUGGCAAGAUUUUUAAAACGUAGUGUAUUCGAUAAAAUAAAAGCGCGUCAAACACGAAUCGAUCAUAAUUUAUUCGAUGUGAUUUGGCCAGCAAUGAAAAAACGUGACUCAUUAAGUUCAAAUCCGGAUUUUGAAUUGCACAUGGACGGUGGAAUUGUUGCGCCCGAUUUGGAUGUGUUUGUUGUAUUCCAAGAAUUUCUUGUGCCACUCAUUAAAGACUUACAUUGUAUCGAUAUAAAUAGUGAUUUUCAACCACAUCCCGAAACACAAUAUUUUCCCGUUAGCAAACGUAACGAUUAUACACUCAACGAAAACGUGGACAGUGACACAUCGAAUGAAAUAUCGAGCAUAAAUUUAGAUAAAAGUGGAAAAUAUGUGCGUGCAUGUGUAAUUGAAGUAAGUCGAAAUUUGGAACGAUUUGAAUUACCAUUGAAUUUAACCGUUGGACCACUCGAACAAGUCGAGCGAAUAAUCACCGCAAGACUUUUAAGCACCGAUUUUUUGCGAACGAUUGAAGAAAAAGAGCCAGGCAUUUAUUAUACAAUGAAUGAAGUACUUGAAAAUCCAUCUGAAAUCCGAACGAUUUUAGCAACAAAAGGACUGCUAAUUCCAUUGCUAAGCAACGAUGAUCCAUAUCAAAAGGCCGAAUCAAUGGCCAUCAAUGGCCGAUAUUGGCCAUAUGCUAGAGGCGUUUUUGUUAGUGCUUCGUAUGAUUUUGUUGCAUGGAUCAAUUGCCAGGAGCAUUUACGCAUUUUAUGUUGUACGAACAGCAAUUCAGCAGCGAAUAUUGGUCGAACGUAUAUUAAAAUUGGAAAGGCAAUUAUGUACUUAACCGAACAAAUUGAAUUUCGAAAUAGCUACUUUUUGGGUUAUCUAGCAGCACGACCAAGUUUCCUCGGUACAUCACUUCGAAUUACUCUUACCUUGGAGCUACCACAUUUGAUAAAAGAACCGGAUAAUUUACAACAUUUGUGCAAUGUUCGUGGCCUGCGAAUGUCGAUUAAUCACCAUUCAUCACAUAUUCGUGUAUCAAAUCUGCAAGCAUUAUCCGUUAACGAAUGGAAAAUCUUUCAAGAUUUCUACACCGCCGUCGCAAAUAUUAUUCAAUUGGAAAAGGACUUGACGAUCGACAACAAUAAUCAUAUAACCACCAUGCUUAUGAACAUCUUUCGAAAGAAACGGAAUAGUUUUGAUGUUCAAAGUAGAACACCACUAUUUCAAACGGACGAAGGACGCUAUUUAGCUGCAACUUUAGGUGAUCCACUUAUUCAAGGAUUAACUGAAGUAGCAAACAGUCGUCCAGCAAAUCCGGUAAAAUUCUUGGCCGAUUAUUUGCACAGCAUUGCAGACAAUAAGAAAAAAAUUAGAAACAAUCAACCAGAAUUGCGAGACGAAGGGCAGGAGAAAAGAGAAAACCAAGCGCAAGAACAACCACAACAGCAACAGCAAGCAGAGGAAAUUCAACAAGUCAAAAUAAAACCACCGCCACGUAAAAUGGAUCUAUCGCAAUAUGAUAGCAUCGAUGAUGAUAAUGUAUCACCGAAUCAUGCACCAGAGCCAGCACCUACAAGCGAUGAACGAGACGAACACGGUCAAAGUGUGUUGCAUUUCGCAUGUGCUCGUUCGCACGGUCGAAAUGCAUUGAUUCAAUUGAUUGAAGAUUCUGGCGUUAGCAUUGCAUAUCGUGAUGAAUUAUAUCGAACAGCCAGAGAUGUUUCGAUGCAGGCUACACAGCCAGAAAAUACACGCGAAAUUGAUAAGUAUAUUCUGAGUCUUGCAGCCAGAGGUUCACUUGAUGCCAUCAAGCAUCUGCUUGUCGAAGGUUAUGAUCACAUUAUUGAUGUUCAUGAUGAUGAAUCGAUAGUGACAAUUGCGUAUGCUCGUGGACACGAAGAGCUGGGCAAAUAUCUCGAAGCCAUACCAACUUUUGAGACAAAUCGUGAAAAAUUGCAUCGUGCCAUUAGAUAUGGUGACAUAAAUACCGUAGAACAAAUCAUCGAAUUGCCUGAAGGACGUUAUCUUGCUAUCGCUAAAAAUUAUUAUGGUCGAACGGCUUUGCACAUUGCUGUGCUAAAAGAGAAAGAAGAAAUCGUACACUACUUGGCAACGAAUAUCAAAGAAACUCUACUUAUUGGUGAUAAUCUCGAACGAACCGCACUUCAUUAUGCAAUGGGAGUGAGCUCGGUGGAAACUCAAAGCCGAAUACUGAUAAAGAACGGCGCAAAACGUGUUCUCAAAGAUCUAAAAGGACGUCAGCCGAGCUACUAUUUCAUGAACAAAUCGGACAUAACGCGCUUACAAGAGGAGGAAGAAGAAGAUGAACUAUAAACCAAAUCAAGUGCUGGCAGUUAUCAACAUCAAUUCAAACUCCGUGCAUUGUUAAACUUGUAAAUUCUUUAGAUUCGUUUCAAAAUGCAGCACAAUUUCUGCACCAUUUAUUUGUCCCUCAAUUCGUAGAGAAAACGUUAUUCAAUUCAUUUCAGUUCAGUACAAUAUAAAAAUACUCGACUAUUACAAUAACACGCAUUUUAAUACAAAAAAAAAUUAUAUUGUUU